AUGCUGACAGUGGAGUCCCAAUCUCAACCCGUUUUGCAAGGUCAAGAUUAUGGCUUGACAUCGAGAUGUGUUUGCAUCCCUGAGGAUCUUGAGGCCAAGGACCAAGAAAUUGCGAGGCUGAAGGCAACACGUAAGGAGGCGUUAGUGCCAAAAAAGUCGCCGGGACCUCAACAACCUUCUGUCAAAAUGACAAACGACGAGCAUCAUAUUGCUGAUGUUGCCCAUCGUUAUGCAUUCACUGUGAAUGCAUACUUUGGUCCUCAGCUGUUCCGGGUUCACCUAAGUGUGGAAUGGAACCCAGAAAGGCGAUGGGAUUGUGAAUUCAUCGAGGAGGGCCACCUACAUGAAUUCCAAGACUGGCCAAUGUUACCAGAUUUGAUAAGAAAUCAAAUUUCUCAACAGGCAAUUCAGAAAAGGAUUACCAACAGCAUGGGUGAAAUACGGCAUCAACUAAAGCACCGGAUCCUCGAGAAUGAUUUAACCGGUAGGCUUAUCUUCCCGUUCUGGGAUCGGAUGGAGGGGCCUCUUUGGGGAUGUGAAAUGGCAAAAGUACUACGGGGAAUCUGGGACCCAAAAGGGAAAUAUCCAGAUAAUCCCCCAGUCUUGUUCCCCCCCGAACACAAAGAUGAUCCACGGUUCCUGAUGAACUCACCCUAUGUCACCGAGGGAAUCAGGGCACUACUGUUUGCCGCUGGUACACCACUGUUUAAUACCGAUGGCAACGAUAUCACUCUUGAUCAAUCGGCAUGGAACCACUGUGCAGCAAAUUGUACAGCGAAGAAGUAUAACAUAGUCGAGGUUACCCCUGGACUUGUAGCGUUGUCUGCUGUGUUGGUUUGGAGUGCCCUCUUGCCCCCUGAACACCACGUUGAUGCAGAAUGCAAGUUCCACAAUUUUGAAGAGACAUUGCCUCGAGGGAUGAAGCAACAUUUCCAGGAGAUGAUGGACAAUCACAAUAUCUUCUUGUUCAAGGAUCAGGGUGUAGAAUCGCACACACAUACUUCCAUCCAGAUGAACGAUGACGAAACGGAAAUGAAUCUUGAUUUUGAGAGACAGCUGGAGGAGAGCAUGAGGGGCGGGAUUCUCCCAGGUGGUGGUUCAGCUCAUAUAUCAGUCUCUGAACAUCGUGGAAGUCAAGGGCCUCAAAUACUGCCCCUUUUCAUUAGCGACGAUGACACUCUCACUUCGAUUUCUGGCAGUGAAGAUGGGCCCUGCAUCAGUAAUAAUGGGGCUCCUAAUGAUGCCACAACUUGUAACAAUGCCGCCACUCAGCAGGAGAACAGCCUCUCUCUGGAUGAGCCUGAAGCCAAAGGAUCAUUGCAUUGCCCAUCAGAUUUGGACUUAGGUGCUUCAGAACUUCAAGAAAGUCCACAAAAAAGCAUGCAACGCAGAUUACGGAGCCAGAGGCUGGUGAGCAAGGUUGCUCAUGUGCAUGAUGCAGCUAGGAGACCAGAGCCAUCAGAUCUGCACGAGGGCAGGGCGGCAAACAAGGGGAAGGGUAGAGGAUGCCCAAAGGGCCGAGGCAGAGGCAAACAGAGGGGGAAGAAGCAGUGA